AUGGCUAAAGAAGAAGAAUUCCAAGAGUCUGAGGUUAUAUUUUCCGACCUCGGCAGUCAUUAUGACGAGAAGGCUGAUGAUUGGUACUGCAUGUCAUCUAAAAAUGAACACCUUUCAUUUAACUACUACAAGAAGUCCGAGAAGAAAAUGGCCGCCAGUUCGCUUCCCGUUAAUACUUCGCGUCGUCGACAUCGUAAUACUGAUUUUUAUUACGACAGUGAAGCUGAUGAUUUGGAGGAAGAAGACGAGAGAGGGGAACUUGUGCCGCCGCAUGUGAUAGUGGAGAGGAGAAUUGAUGGGGAGAUGGCGUUUUCGGUCUGUACCGGCAAUGGAAGGACCCUUAAAGGAAGGGAUUUGAGUCGAGUUCGAGAUUUAAUUCUUAGAUUGACUGGGUUUUUGGAAUCGUAA